CGGGCGCGGGUGGGGGCAGAGCCGGCGCCUUCAACUGGUGCAGAACCGGGCAAGCAGCCGCGGCUCGGACCGGACUGUUUCUGCGCCCUCCGCUCGGCCGGCCGCAUCCCCGUCGGCCCCGCCGACCCGCGCUCGCCCACUUCUCGCCCUUCGGCAGCACACCGACCCGCGGCCGGACUGGGGAUGCGCACCCCGCCGGCCCCCGGGGGCCAGGGCAGCGAGGUGCCAGACCCCACCUUUGCUGAUGGCGAGCUCCUCCCCAGGGAGUCCGGCUUCUUUCCUGUGGAUGAGGACGAGGCCAUGACGCUGGCCCCGCCCGAGGGCCCCCAGGAGUCGGACAUGGACGGCCCCACGGAGAGCGCCCGGAGCCUGGAGGGGCCGGUGGGGAUUCCUGCCGAGGAGAAGGAUGCAGGGCUCGGGGGCCUGUUCCUUCCAGAGGACAAGUCCCUGGGCCACACUCCGUCCGUGACCACGUCGGACCUCUCCACGCACUCCACCACCUCACUCAUCAGCAACGAGGAGCAGUUUGAAGAUUACGGGGAGGCGGAUGACGUGGACUGUGCCCCCAGCAGCCCCUGCCCCGACGACGAGACCAGGACCAACGUCUACUCAGACCUGGGGUCGUCGGUGUCCUCCAGCGCGGGGCAGACGCCUAGGAAGAUGCGGCACGCGUACAACAGCGAAUUGCUGGAUGUUUACUGCUCUCAGUGCUGCAAGAAAAUCAACCUGCUCAAUGAUUUGGAAGCCCGGCUGAAAAACCUGAAGGCCAACAGCCCCAACCGGAAGAUCUCUAGCACAGCCUUUGGACGGCAGCUCAUGCACAGCAGCAACUUCAGCAGCAGCAAUGGCAGCACCGAGGACCUGUUCCGGGACAGCAUCGACUCCUGUGAUAACGACAUCACUGAGAAGGUGAGUUUUCUGGAAAAAAAGGUGACAGAGCUGGAGAAUGACAGCCUGACCAACGGGGACCUGAAGAGCAAGCUGAAGCAGGAGAACACGCAGCUGGUGCACAGGGUGCACGAACUGGAGGAGAUGGUGAAGGAUCAGGAGACCACGGCCGAGCAGGCCCUGGAGGAGGAGGCUCGGCGCCACCGUGAGGCCUACAGCAAGCUGGAACGGGAGCGCAGCACGGAGAUCGAGCUGCUGAACACCAGGGUACAGCAAUUAGAGGAAGAAAACACCGAGCUUAGAACGACAGUGACCCGGCUGAAGUCACAAACCGAGAAGCUGGAUGAGGAGCGGCAGCGCAUGUCCGACCGGCUGGAGGACACGAGCCUGCGGCUCAAGGAUGAGAUGGACCUGUACAAGCGCAUGAUGGACAAGCUGCGGCAGAACCGCCUUGAGUUCCAGAAGGAGCGGGAGGCAACGCAGGAGCUCAUCGAGGACUUGCGCAAGGAGCUGGAGCACCUGCAGAUGUACAAGCUGGACUGCAGGGGCCGCGGCUCAUCCUCCGGCCCGGGCGAGUUCAGUGCCAGGGCCCGAGAGGUGGAGCUGGAGCAUGAGGUCAAGCGUCUCAAGCAGGAGAAUCAUAAGCUGCGGGAUCAGAAUGACGACUUGAACGGGCAGAUCUUGAGCCUCAGCCUCUACGAAGCGAAGAACCUCUUUGCCACCCAGACCAAAGCCCAGUCGCUGGCUGCGGAAAUAGACACAGCCUCUCGUGAUGAGCUCAUGGAAGCCCUAAAGGAGCAGGAGGAGAUCAACUUCCGGCUGAGGCAGUACAUGGACAAGAUUAUCCUUGCCAUCCUGGACCACAAUCCCUCCAUCCUCGAGAUCAAACACUGAGACAAGGGGCCUGACUGCAGAGCGGCCUCAGGACCCCUGGACCCCAGGAUUAAGGGCCAGAUCCUGCCUGAGGAUGCGGCCCAGGCCGGGCUCCCACGCACACUGUAAAUGUGUCUCUGGCCACGGUGGUGUAACGUGUACUGGUGUGUAUGUGGGGAGGCCACGCCCACAGCAAGGGGUGAGCGUGGGCCGUGGCCGCGGGCGCCAUCUGCUCUGUUAGCCGUCCUUGCACUUUGUGGUCCCUUUGUGAGGGGCAGAGGGUCCCCGAGGUGGGCGGGGACGAGGUCGGCGGUCAGGAGUUACUGUAAUGAUGAGAGCUAGAAGCUUCUGUUUCAGAUACUGGAUAAAAUGAUUCUACCUCUGGGGACCAGGAUUAAAAAGUACUCUAAGUGAGACAGGCUCUUCCACCCCAUCCCUGUUUCCCCCUGGGAGUGGGAGCAAAAUUACGAGCUUUUCCAGGAGUUCAAAUGCCUCACCAACCUCUUCGGCCACCUUUCAGGCCCAGGUGCUUGAGCUCGGAGAGGAAAAAGGAGCAUAUGGGGGGAACAUGUAGGGGCCCCUCAAGAGCCCCCCCACCCCCAGCCGGCAGCCCGUGUGAGGCUUGUGCACAGUGUGUCCCAAGGACUCAGGUUUGUGGAGGAGCUGGAGGGGGCGACCUUCGUCCUGAGAAUUCUUGGCGUUUUGAGGGUUCCCCGCAAACUUCUCCAUCCCUGCUCACCUACCUCUCCCUCUCUGUCUUUGUUUUGUGUUUUAAGACAGUGAAAAAUAAGCAGCGUUCACCUGGGUGUACAUGAAGGGUUAAAAGAAAGGGGAAGGAGGCUGGGGACAGUCUAAGGCACCUGUUGGCGUUGGACAACCAAAGACACGAUUUUCGGGCGGCAGCGCGCUCAGGUCCCUGUCAGCAUCCUUUCCCGUGGAUGCCUUUUAAGAGAGGACAUGGAUGGACCCUCUCGACAGCUCCCUCGGGCUAGAAGUGGGCCUUGCUUACCUGUCCCUGGUGAUGGCCUUGGGUUUGGAUUUUCAGAAUCCAUGCUCUGGGCUUGGCUCAGUUGGGGGGUGAGGGCCCCGUGUUCCAGCCUUUAGAAACACACCUGUACUCGGGUCUCGGCCAGGGGAACAAACGCUGUGCUGGUGGGAGAGACAGUUGGGGAAGUGGCAGGGAAACCUUAGUCUUCCAUCCUGGUGACACGUGGUGGAUAUUCACCCUCUGGAUCUUUCAUGUGAUGCUUUGUUCUAGGUGGCUGGGAGUAGAUACGGUACUUUCCUUCGAGUUUUCCAAUGUGUCUCAGUUUUGUAUGGCUUGUGAAUUGUUUCCUUAAUCCAAAUA